AUAGAUAGUCUCGAUCUCAGACGCUGACUCCAAUCCUUCCCCUUCUUCAUCGUAGAUCUCUAAUUUCUAUAAUAUAUUAAAUAAUAUGAUAAUCAAAUCACUCUCUAUCUCUAUCGUCUGAAUCAAAAUCCAACCCUAAUUAAAGCUUGUCCAGUGCCGCUACUGAUAAUUCGAAUACACAAAUCAUCAUCUGUUGUUGUAUCCGACAAAAAAAGUUCGAUUCGUUAAUUGAGGAGAGGAGUAGCAACAAUGAAGGAAGGGAAAUCCUCUGCUAAAUUGAACAACAACAACAAUCAACAGCAGCAGCACCAAAAUGGUCACUUGUCUCCUUUCAAACUCGCCAAAUUGUUGGAUCCUGAAGCCUCUUGGGAUAAGGAUCAAUUGGGAGAUGUGUUGCAUUGGAUUAGGCAAGUCGUCGCCCUCGUUUGCGGAUUACUAUGGGGUGCCAUCCCUUUGGUCGGCGGUAUUUGGAUCGCCCUUUUUCUGUUGAUAUCCUCUGGGAUUAUAUAUGUUUAUUAUGGGAUGAUAUUAAAGAUCGACGAGGAUGAUUUUGGUGGUCAUGGAACUCUACUCCAAGAGGGGCUCUUUGCUUCUAUCACUCUAUUUCUGCUAUCGUGGAUUCUAAUGUACAGCUUGGCCCACUUCUGAUUGGCUCCAUACACCAAUCUGGCUGCCACUGUCUCUCCAUCUUUAAGCAAUGUUCGUACUCUCUUAAUUACAUGCACCAGGCACCAUUGCUCAUGCCCUGAGAACAAUGAGAAAGUUCCUUGCUCUUAUCCUGUUAUCUUCUUUUAAUUGUGCAACUGCAACGUCAUUUUGCGUAGCAUGAAUAUGCUAGCUUUUGAUUCAUGGUAUUUAUUUGAAAUUUUCUUCAUAAA